AAGUUGGAGACACUUCAGAAAGUUGGAGACACUUCAGACCAGAGGUCCAUCAUCUCAGCACAGCAAAGGAUCGUCUUUGGCUUCCAAUAAGUUAACUUUUUGACCCAAAAUGGGAGAGCCUGACCACCUCUUGCCUUUUAAUGAAUACGGAGAGUACCACAACUUGACAGAGCUUGCCCACCUGCUCAACUACACCUUCAACUACUGCAACUUGGGGCUGGAUGAGAGCGUGAAGCGGGUGUUCCUCUUUGUCCUCUACCUCGUCAUCUUUGUGGUGGGUCUGGUGGAGAAUCUCCUGGUGAUCUGGGUAAAUUGGCAGACCCGAAGCCACAAGAACCUGGUCAACCUCUACAUCUUCAACAUGGCCAUUGCAGACUUGGGUGUGAUCCUCUCCUUACCGGUCUGGAUGCUGGAAGUCAUGCUUGACUAUACCUGGCUCUGGGGGAGCUUCCUCUGCCACUUCACCCACUACUUUUACUUUGCCAACAUGUUCAGCAGCAUCUUCUUUCUCACCUGCCUUAGCGUUGACCGCUAUGUGUCCUUGACAACCUCCUCCCACUUCUGGCACCGGCACCAGCACCUGGUGCGGCGCAUUGCUUGCUGCUGCAUAUGGGCCUUGGCGGCCAUCAUCCCUUUGCCAGAGGUGUCCCACAUGGAGUUAAUUGACAGCAUUGAGCCAAUAUGUUUCUUCAUGGCCCCCCUGGAGACCUACGACAACUGGGCCCUCGCUCUCACCCUGCUCACUGCCCUCAUUGGGUUCCUCAUUCCCUUCACCAUCAUGGCAGUCUUCAACAUACUGACAGCGAGGCACAUCAAACGCAGCAACAAGCCCGAGGGCAGGAAGCACUGCCGUGUCAUCUACGCCUACAUUGCCGUCUUCCUAGUGAGCUGGCUGCCGUUCCACCUGGUUUUGCUUUUGCUGACGCUCGAAGGUACCAGCAUCUUCCUCCACUGCCACUUUUUGGACUUCCUCUACUUCUUCUACGAUAUCAUCGACUGCUUCACCCUUCUCCAUUGCGUGGUCAACCCUAUCCUGUACAACUUCCUGAGCAAGAACUUCCGAGGGAAGCUCAUCUCUGCUGUCGUCAGGUACAUCCCCAAAGACCAAAUGGAUCGAAAGGGGGGAGAUGGUUCCUCUUCUAACACCCAACAUUCCAUUGUCAUAGCAAAAGAGAACACCUUGCCAAAUUAAACGUGCACUUGAUUUGGUUUGUUGCUGUGGUUCCAGAACACGAUCCUGCGUAUUCAGACAAUUCUCUCUCGCUAGCAAAGGGCAGUCUUCAGUAAGAACCACUCUGCACACACUCCUGCUGUAUUAUCAGUGCUUCUUGAAAUCUUGGGAAAGCAGGGCCACACAGGGUGAAAUGUGGUGGAGAUUAUAUGCUGCUGUGCCCUGUGUUUUCUGGUAACCCUCAUACAAUCCCCCCACCUCAAAACAAUAACUAUGGAAAUAAAUGUUCUGGUUUCUGCUACCCUGUAAUUUUAUGAUUAUUUGGAAGAUAUAGAUUUCUGUCAAUUUCCUCUUAUUUGUGGAGAGUUUUGAAUGAAAAUUACAUU